AUGGCUAAUAAGAUAUCUAUUAAAAACAGAUUUUCCAUGGUUGCUGUUUUCUUGAUCAUCUUGUUGUUACUUCUGCAACCGCAUGUUAGUUGUGCCAGAAAGAUGUUACAAUCAUCCGCUGACGAUCCUCCCGCUAACAGCAAUGGCUCGCAGCAGAAAACCUGCAAGUUUGGCAGGCUGUUUAACAUCAGUGAUGCCUCGUCCGACACGGGAAACAUUGUUCGCGAGAACACGUUAGCAACUCCGUGCUCAUCAUUUCCUUAUGGAACAACUCUUAGACUACCUACCGGAAGAUGCUCCAAUGGCCUACUCAUGAUCGAUUACUUUGCCGAAGCCUUUGGUUAA